AUGCGCCCCCGCCUGCCGUCACUGCCCGGGCUGCUGCUGCUGCUAGCCUACGCCGCGCACGCGGUUGGUACCCCGCCUCGACUGUGUGAUGUGCUGCAGGUGCUGCGGGUAGAGAGGGACCAGUGCCUGCAGGAGCUCUCCCGGGAGAGUGCAGAGCAUCCAGCCCCAGGCUGCCGGGGGCUGUGGGACAACACCAGCUGCUGGCCAUCCUCUGCGCUGGGACAGACAGUGGAAGUGGCAUGCCCGCGGUUCCUCUGGAUGCUCGUGGGCAGGAAUGGUUCCAUGUUCCGGAACUGCACACAGGGCGGCUGGUCAGAAACCUUCCCCAGACCUGACCUGGCCUGCGGGGUCAACGUGAACGACUCCUCCAGCGAGAAGCGGUACCAGUACCUGCUGAAGCUGAAGGUCAUGUACACCGUGGGCUACAGCUCCUCCCUGGUGAUGCUCCUGGUGGCCCUCAGCAUCCUCUGUGCCUUUCGGAGGCUCCACUGCACCCGCAACUACAUCCACAUGCACCUGUUUGUGUCCUUCAUCCUGCGUGCCCUGUCCAACUUCAUCAAGGAUGCUGUGCUCUUCUCCUCCGACGAUGCCACCCACUGCGAUGCCCACAGGGUGGGCUGCAAGCUGGUCAUGGUCUUCUUCCAGUACUGCAUCAUGGCCAACUACUCCUGGCUGCUGGUGGAAGGCCUCUAUCUUCACACACUCCUUGUCAUCUCCUUCUUCUCAGAACGGAAGUGGCUCCAGGGAUUUGUGGCCCUCGGCUGGGGUUCCCCAGCCAUCUUUGUUGCUUCGUGGGCUGUCACCAGGCACUUUCUGGAAGAUGUUGGGUGCUGGGACAUCAAUGCCAACGCGUCCAUCUGGUGGGUCAUCCGAGGGCCUGUGAUCCUCUCCAUCCUGAUUAAUUUCAUCCUUUUUAUAAACAUUCUAAGAAUCCUGAUGAGAAAACUUAGAACUCAAGAAACAAGAGGAAAUGAAGUGAACCAUUAUAAGCGUCUGGCCAAGUCCACCCUCCUGCUGAUCCCCCUCUUCGGAAUCCACUACAUCAUCUUCGCCUUCUCCCCUGAGGAUGCCAUGGAGGUCCAGCUGUUUUUUGAAUUGGCCCUUGGCUCAUUCCAGGGCCUGGUGGUGGCCAUCCUCUACUGCUUCCUCAACGGGGAGGUGCAGCUGGAAGUUCAGAAGAAGUGGCGGCAGUGGCACCUGCGUGAGCUCCCAUCGCGGCCCGUGGCCCCCAGCUCCUCUUUCAGCAGCGGCAUCAAGGCCAGCCCCUCGGAGCAGAGUCGGGCCACCCGUAGGACCAGUGUCAUCUGA